UGUAUGACUUGAGUGUGAGGCAGAGAGGGCUAUAUUCAAACUUCUUCCUGCUAGGGGCAUCCCAGUCUUCUGCAAAGGAGAAGGAAGUUUUGACCCACAUUGGCUUCUAUAUUCGCUGCCACACUGAGGAUAAACUUUCAGAAUUGGUACUUAGAACUCCAGUAGACAGGGAGUAGGGGCAGAGCUACUGAAAGAGAAACUUGGGAUACUCAGAAUAUCCCACAAUCCUAGGAGUGAAAAGGAUCUGUCGGUUUGUCUGGGGGGUGGGGGGUGGGGUCAAGAGGUGGACUGGGACCAGGAAGGGGGGGGGUGGAUGGAAUGCCUCGUGCUUGCGCCUAGUCGCUGUUCUCUCCUGUUUCUAGCUCCCCCCACCCCCUUCCCCAUCUUCUGCCAUUUCCAGAGGCAGGAGAAAGGUGAUCUCGGACUUGACCCCUAAAUCACAGCUGCCGGUGGCUGCACCUCGCUCAGGGAUGAGCACAGCCCCUUCCCUGGGCUCUGGCAGCUUAACCCUUUCCUUCCCGCUAGCUCAGAGGCCCCGUGUCGGUUGGCAGAGACUCGACUGCUGAAAUGCUGCUAGCAGUCAGCCUUCCCAGCUUUGCACCUUGAAUCCGGUGCCAAGACCACAACAAGGUAGUCUCACAAAAGGGUGAGAUUAAGGGAUGCAGGAUCCCCGGUACAAGCACUGCCAGGGAGCCCAAGGAGGAGCGGAGUUAGCGGAGUGAGGAGGGAUGUUUGGAUCGUGUUAACUACUCAGACAGAUGCACUUCGGCAUGUCUGUAUUUAUGGAAUCCAUAUGUUGUCGUGGCAAAUGAAAAGACGGCGACACGUACAUACAAUAGACUUAGAAUAACAAUACACAUUUAAAAAGAGACCGAACAUUCUUCACCCUUCAACCCUUCUCUUACAUCUUGAGCUAGAGAUCUUCAGAGACUCAUCCUUUCGACCUCCCCUGACUCCACACUGAGUCUCAACCCCCCUCCUUUUUACUGUGUCCCCAGUCACCCCGUUGAGGGGAUUCCUAGGGCCCAAAGCUUGGCUCUUUCUAAGAGAAAUAUACUAGCACCCCAUCUCUUUCCUCCUGACAUUGGCCCAUUGCAUAUUUACCCCUUGGACCAAAUAAUAGCUGCAGUUCCAUAUUCUGAAAACUGUGGAGGAACAGAUUCAUACACAAAUUCAGCAUCUCCAUCUACUUCAUUAAAACAACACUGCUAUGUUAUAUUUCCAAAGAAAUGGCUUCAAACAGACCCGGAAACAUAAAUCCCCCAGUGAGAAAAAGCCCCCUAAUAGCUCUGUACAGUACCUGCAUUUGUGCACACCUUGUCUAUUUGUGUGCACAGAUAUUCACACAUAGAUGACAAGGCUUGUGAAGUCAUUCAAAUGUAUAUUUAUGUACCGUUUUAUGCAUAUACCUUUGUUAUCUAUAGUCAUUCAUUUCAGAGAGAGGCAGAAAAAUAGCAAUGCAGUACUUAGCCUACAUGCCACUUUCCCUCCCCACAGUAAAAAUGCCUUAAAAAACAGGUUGGUCUAAAAUUUUCUGCCUUCUUUCCUGCUAAAUAAAGGAUUUAGAUUCUGGAUUUUAGGCAGCCCCCAUUUUGUAUAUAAAAUAAUCCAUAUAGAUGCUGGAUUAUCAUCUAAGCAUUAUUGAAUCACACAAGAUGGGUACUUCUCCAUAGAAUGAAUUCUCUAAGUAAAAUUAGCAUAAGUAUUUACAAGACUAAGCUGACAUUUUCCUAUAAUUGCAACAUGAAAUAGAUUUAUAUCCAGAAUUUUUUUUUCCUAAAUAGGGAGACUUCUUCACACCUUUUUUUUUUAAACAUAAGAAAGAGGCUACAAGUUCACUUCUUGUGCUAUUUACAUUUUAAAAGAAAAUAAGCACAUGAUAUGUAACUGGUUUUUCAACAUCUACAAGGAGAAAUUUAAUUCUGCUGCAUCUCUAAAAACCAAACAGAUUUAUGGAGAUUCGUGAAGACAGAGAAGUAGGAAGCAAAAGAUACUCCUGAAGGGCUGAACAGUUUUCCUUACCUGACGCAUUAUGGAAAAAUUCAGAAUUUACCAGUCUUCCUUCUGCCAGCUACAUUUUACACUGACCUGUAUUUUGAACUGAAAGGGGGGGGGGAAAAGAUUAACUAUUGCCAGUGGAAAUUUUAAAAUAAUAAUCAGAAACCGGACAAACUGCAGGUAAAAAUAUACAAUGGCUACAAUAAAGAUAAAUAUUUAUUUAAUCAAAGCAGAGGUUGUAUUUGGACUGUAGGAAUGUUUCAUCCUCCCCCCCCCCCAAAAAAAAAGCCAGAAAGAAAAAAGCCAGGGUCUUCACAGGCUCCUGGAGAGUCCCUAUUGUCCAGGGCUAUCGAGAGCCCAGAAUGGUAUUAACCUCACAAAAGAUACAUUGUGCAGGGGACAAAAAAAAGCCCCUUCUUCUACAAUAACUUUUAGCUUUUUUAUUUUUAGAAAAUGACAAAGGUUUUGCAAGCACUGACUGGUGAAACCUGUAGCAAGCCAGGCUGGACUUGGCUUUAUUGAUCAGCUGUCCCGCAUGGAAAAGCAACCAGGAAGACUUUGAAUGGUAACCCAGAUUUGGCUCAUAGAGAGGAAACCCCUGAUUUUGUCUAAAUGUAUUUUCUUUAUCUCCCCCCAACCCCCGCCCAUGCCCCGCCUAAAUAAAACAGCAUUAUUCCCAGAGUGAAUUCAGAAGGAUUAGAUGAGGUAACUGUAAAACCCUAAACCGGGUUUCUCCUCCUAGUCUUGUCUAAGAAGCUGCAAUGGUCUUAAGAGCAUUGGACAAUCUCUCAAAAUGAAGAAUUACUUCUAAUCAAACAGAUUUCCUGAUUAAUUCCCAAAUUCCUUCUUAGAUGAAUAAUCUUGGUAGGCUGUGGCAAAAAGAAAAAAAUUAACCCUCAAGAAAAAUAAGUUUUAGCGAGCUCCCUCCCUAGGUAUCAUAGGGUUUACUUGUUGGCAAAUCAGUUAAAGCACAUUUUAUUUCAUCACAGACAGUGUAAUUUCAAUGACACUAGUUCUCGUGUAGAACUUAUAAAAAUACAUCCUUGUCAUUAAAGAAUAUAUUCAGUACUCAGUAGCAGGGGUGCACUGAAACUGGAGAGAGAGAGAGAGAGAGAGAGAGAGAGAGAGAGAGAGAGAGAGAGAGAGUGAGUUGCUCUUCCUGCAUUUAUUUGCUUGCUUUUUGGAGGUACCAUACCCCCAGCCUGAGUGAUAGCUUUGAUGUACUGGGAAUCCAGUAAAGUAGCAGGGUCCCUGGCUGCUGUCUUUGAUUCUAGGGAAUCUCCUUUGGGCUCUGGUGGGAUGCGCUGUUCCUAGUCUUUAUCUGAAAUCCAUCCCCUCAUUUCAAGCCCUUUGGCUUCAAGACUGCUCCAAACUCUUGGAGGUAGCUGUAAGAUUUUUUUUUCCCCCAUUAGGAAUGGGGUAUGCAAUUUCCCCUCUUUCUACACUAGACCUUUCCUCGAUAUUUAAACAUAUUGGCUUUCUUUCUUUCUUUUUUUUAAAUGAAUUUUGUCUGAAAUUAUUUUUUCGCUGCUUUUAUUACAACCCUGCUUUUGAUGGCAAAAUCGCUUCCUGUGUUUUUAAAAACAUCUGCUUCCCAGGCUUCACUCGAGAAAAAUUGAUUUUACUUUUCUCUUAAGUCCAGAAAGGUGGAAAGUUGGACUUCUUUUCGAAGGCAACUUUUCCCUUUCUCGUCUUGCUUAAGCUCGACCCCCUUCCAGUUCUGACUCACUUUGCUCCGUUCAUUUCUUCUGCUCAUCCCCCAUCCCCUGCCCCUCUAAGGAUGCAGAGCACAGGGACUAUGUCUUCUGUCAGAAAAUAAAAUCAACAGAUUUUUGUCUAGUCUAUGGUACGUGUUAAAGUUUUCCCAUAUUUUCUUCCUUCAUCCUCUGAUUUAAGGAGAGUUAAUUUUUACUCCGUUAAAAAAAAAAAAAUCCCUGAUUUGCAAUUUAAAGUGACCUCCAUUCUAAGCCUCUGGUCUUUUCCUUAAAACCUCUGUCUUAAGCUGUCCCACGCCACUAUUGCCCGCCCCCCCCCCAAGAUGUUCUUUUCCUACUUAAUUUAAGCAUUGUUGCAGUUUUUUAGUAAAAGAAAAGAAAAAGAACGAGAAAAAGAAAUUACAAGAAGGAAAAAAAGAAAAAAAUCUUUAAAAAAAUCUUAGUCAGGUCUCUAUUGUUGCUUCACAUUUCACUUCACGAUAGUGAGUGAGUGUGUGUGUGUGUGUGUGUGUGUGUAUGUGUGUGUGUGUGCGUGUGUGUGUGCCGGUGUGUGUGUAUGUGUUUUUAAUACAUGCAUAAACUUUUGGUGCCUCUCUCCCUCUGCCUAGCCUUUUCUCCCAUCCUCUCUUCCUGCUCUCCUUGCCCUGCUCAUCACUUUCCCCUGGUUUUUUUUUUUUUUUUUUUUUCCUCCCUUCCUCCCCUCUGCCUCCCUCCACCUCCCCCUUUUCUUUUUUGCUGAAUCUUAUUGAUCCAGAAGGUGGCUAAUUAGCCCUUCCCGUCGUGCCUGGGUCCGAUCCGUACUGGGUGCAAUGAAAGCUCCAAGCAGGCCUUACCAUGGAAGGCUGUGACUCGCCCGUCGUCUCGGGGAAGGACAAUGGGUGCGGGAUCCCUCAGCACCGGCAAUGGACUGAACUCAACAGCGCCCACCUCCCCGACAAACCCAGUAGCAUGGAGCAGCCCACAGGCGAGAGCCAUGGGCCCCUGGACAGCCUGAGGGCCCCCUUCAAUGAGCGCCUGGCGGACAGCAGCACCUCCGCUGGGCCGCCCGCCGAGCCCGCCAGCAAGGAGGUCAGCUGCAACGAGUGCUCAGCCUCCUUUUCCAGCCUCCAGACCUACAUGGAGCAUCACUGCCCUGGCACGCAUCCCCCGCCGGCCCUGCGAGAGGAGAGCGCCAGCGACACCAGCGAGGAGGGCGAGGAGGAGAGCGAUGUGGAGAACCUGGCCGGGGAGAUCGUCUACCAGCCAGACGGCUCCGCGUACAUUGUUGAGAGCCUGAGCCAGCUGGCCCAGAGCGGGGCCGCGUGUGGCAGCAGCAGCGGCAGCGGGGCUGUCCCCUCGCUCUUCCUGAACUCUCUCCCAGGGGUGGGGGGGAAACAAGGGGACCCUUCGUGUGCUGCACCCGUGUACCCGCAGAUCAUCAACACUUUCCACAUAGCCUCAUCCUUCGGGAAAUGGUUUGAAGGCUCAGACCCGGCCUUCCCGAAUACCUCAGCCCUGGCGGGGCUCAGCCCUGUCCUGCACAGCUUCCGCGUUUUUGACGUGCGACACAAAAGCAACAAGGAUUACCUGAACAGCGAUGGUUCUGCCAAAAGCUCCUGCGUAUCCAAAGAUGUUCCCAACAAUGUGGACCUGUCCAAAUUCGAUGGCUUUGUGCUCUACGGCAAGAGGAAACCCAUUUUGAUGUGUUUCCUGUGCAAACUCUCCUUUGGGUAUGUGCGUUCAUUUGUGACCCACGCGGUGCACGACCAUCGAAUGACCCUGAGCGAAGAGGAGCGGAAACUUCUUAGCAAUAAGAACAUCUCCGCUAUCAUCCAAGGGAUUGGCAAAGACAAGGAACCCCUUGUAAGUUUUCUGGAACCAAAAAACAAAAACUUUCAACACCCUUUAGUUUCCACAGCUAACCUCAUAGGCCCCGGACACAGUUUUUAUGGUAAAUUUAGUGGCAUUCGCAUGGAAGGGGAGGAGGCCCUCCCAGCCGUAGCCGCUGCUGGCCCUGAGCAGCCCCAGGCUGGUCUCUUGACCCCCAGCACCCUCUUGAACCUUGGCGGGCUUACCAGCUCGGUCCUGAAGACCCCCAUUACCUCAGUCCCCCUGGGGCCUCUGGCUUCUAGUCCUACCAAAUCCUCAGAGGGCAAGGACUCUGGGGCAGCUGAAGGAGAUAAGCAAGAAUCGGGGGGUCAUCAGGACUGCUUCUCCGAGAAAGUAGAGCCAGCCGAGGAAGAGGAGGCAGAAGAGGAGGAAGAGGAGGAGGAAGAGGCGGAGGAGGAGGAGGAAGAGGAGGAGGAAGAAGAGGAAGAGGAAGAGGAGGGCUGCAAAGGACUCUUUCCAAAUGACCUGGAGGAGGAGCUGGAGGACAGGCCCUCCGAGGAGUCUGGGGCCCCCGCAGGUGGUAGCAGCAAAAAGGACCUUGCUCUCUCAAACCAAAGCAUUUCUAACUCCCCCUUAAUGCCUAAUGUGCUCCAGACCCUGUCGAGGGGCCCAGCUUCUACUACUUCUAACUCUGCUUCUAACUUUGUUGUCUUUGAUGGUGCGAACAGGAGGAGUCGUUUAAGCUUUAACAGUGAGGGCGUCAGGGCCAACGUGGCAGAGGGCAGGAGGCUGGACUUCGCUGACGAAAGUGCCAAUAAAGACAGUGCCACAGCACCAGAACCAAAUGAAAGCACAGAGGGCGAUGAUGGGGGCUUUGUCCCUCAUCACCAGCACGCUGGCUCCCUCUGCGAGCUUGGGGUCGGGGAGUGCCCCUCAGGUAGCGGUGUGGAGUGCCCCAAAUGUGACACGGUCCUGGGCUCCUCACGCUCGCUGGGCGGCCACAUGACCAUGAUGCAUUCUCGUAACUCGUGUAAGACGCUCAAGUGCCCCAAGUGCAACUGGCACUAUAAGUACCAGCAGACACUGGAGGCGCACAUGAAGGAGAAGCACCCGGAGCCAGGGGGCUCCUGCGUCUACUGCAAAAGCGGGCAGCCCCACCCGCGCUUGGCACGAGGCGAGAGCUACACGUGUGGUUACAAGCCUUUCCGCUGCGAGGUGUGUAACUACUCCACAACUACCAAAGGCAACCUCAGUAUUCAUAUGCAGUCCGACAAACAUCUCAACAACAUGCAGAACCUGCAGAACGGAGGGGGCGAGCAGGUCUUCAGCCACAGCGCCGGGGCCGCGGCCGCCGCCGCAGCUGCAGCAGCGGCCGCCGCCAACAUCGGCAGCUCCUGCGGUGCCCCCUCCCCCACCAAACCAAAAACCAAACCCACGUGGCGGUGUGAGGUGUGCGACUACGAGACCAACGUGGCCAGGAACCUCCGCAUUCACAUGACCAGUGAGAAACACAUGCACAACAUGAUGCUGCUUCAACAGAACAUGACCCAGAUCCAGCACAACCGCCACCUGGGGCUCGGCAGCCUCCCCUCGCCCGCUGAGGCUGAGCUCUACCAGUACUACCUGGCCCAGAACAUGAACCUGCCCAACCUGAAGAUGGACAGUACCGCUUCGGAUGCCCAGUUCAUGAUGAGUGGAUUCCAGCUGGAUCCUACAGGGCCCAUGGCCGCCAUGACGCCUGCUCUAGUGGGCGGUGAGAUCCCCCUCGACAUGCGCCUCGGGGGCGGGCAGCUGGUGUCGGAGGAGCUGAUGAACCUGGGCGAGAGCUUCAUCCAGACCAACGACCCAUCGCUGAAGCUCUUCCAAUGUGCCGUCUGCAACAAGUUCACGACGGACAACCUGGACAUGCUGGGGCUGCACAUGAACGUGGAGCGCAGCCUCUCGGAGGACGAGUGGAAGGCCGUGAUGGGGGACUCUUACCAGUGCAAGCUCUGCCGCUACAACACGCAGCUCAAGGCCAACUUCCAGCUGCACUGCAAGACGGACAAGCACGUGCAGAAGUACCAGCUGGUGGCCCACAUCAAGGAGGGUGGCAAGGCCAAUGAGUGGAGGCUCAAGUGUGUGGCCAUCGGCAACCCUGUGCACCUGAAGUGCAACGCUUGUGACUACUACACCAAUAGCCUGGAGAAGCUGCGGCUGCACACAGUCAACUCCAGGCACGAGGCCAGCCUGAAGCUGUACAAGCACCUGCAGCAGCAUGAGAGUGGCGUGGAGGGUGAGAGCUGCUACUACCACUGUGUCCUGUGCAACUACUCCACCAAGGCCAAGCUCAACCUCAUCCAGCACGUGCGCUCCAUGAAGCACCAGCGCAGUGAGAGCCUGCGCAAGCUGCAGCGGCUGCAGAAGGGCCUCCCGGAGGAGGACGAGGACCUGGGCCAGAUCUUCACCAUCCGCAGGUGCCCCUCCACUGACCCAGAGGAAGCCGUUGAAGAUGCCGAAGGACCCAGCGAAGCAUCUGCUGACCCAGAGGAGCUGGCCAAAGACCAGGGGAGCGGCAGCGAGGAAGGGCAGAGCAAGAGGGCAGCGUCAUCCAGUCAGGCAGAGAAGGAGUUGACGGAUUCCCCUGCAACCACCAAACGCACCUCCUUCCCGGGUAGCUCUGAGACUCCGCUCUCUUCGAAGAGGCCAAAAGCAUCAGAGGAGAUCAAACCCGAGCAGAUGUACCAGUGUCCCUACUGCAAGUAUAGCAACGCUGACGUGAACCGGCUGCGGGUGCACGCCAUGACACAGCACUCGGUGCAGCCUUUGCUCCGCUGUCCCCUGUGCCAAGACAUGCUCAACAACAAGAUCCACCUCCAGCUGCACCUCACCCACCUCCACAGCGUGGCACCUGACUGCGUGGAGAAGCUCAUUAUGACGGUGACCGCUCCUGAGAUGGUUAUGCCUAGUAGCAUGUUCCUCCCUGCUGCCGCUGCGGACCGAGAUGGGAACUCCACUUUGGAAGAGGCAGGAAAGCAACCUGAAGCGUCAGAGGACCCGGGAAAGAACAUCUUGCCACCUGCAAGCAUGGAGCACGGCGGGGACCUCAAGCCGACCUCUGCUGACCCCAGCUGCGGGAGAGAAGACUCAGGCUUCCUCUGCUGGAAGAAGGGGUGCAACCAGGUCUUCAAAACCUCCGCCACACUGCAGACCCAUUUCAACGAGGUGCACGCCAAGAGGCCCCAGCUGCCCGUGUCAGACCGCCACGUGUAUAAGUACCGCUGCAACCAGUGCAGCCUGGCUUUCAAGACCAUUGAAAAGCUGCAGCUCCACUCUCAGUACCACGUGAUCAGAGCCGCCACCAUGUGCUGCCUCUGUCAGCGCAGUUUCCGGACUUUCCAGGCUCUGAAAAAACACCUCGAGACGAGUCACCUGGAGUUGAGUGAGGCUGACAUCCAACAGCUUUAUGGGGGGCUUCUGGCCAACGGGGACCUCUUGGCGAUGGGAGACCCCACCCUGGCUGAAGACCACACCAUCAUCGUUGAGGAAGACAAGGAGGAAGAGAGUGACCUGGAAGAUAAGCAGAGCCCGACAGGCAGCGACUCUGGGUCAGUGCAGGAGGAUUCAGGCUCCGAGCCAAAGCGAGCUCUGCCUUUCAGGAAAGGCCCCAACUUCACUAUGGAGAAGUUUCUGGACCCUUCCCGCCCUUACAAGUGUACGGUCUGCAAGGAAUCCUUCACUCAAAAGAAUAUCCUGCUGGUGCACUACAACUCCGUCUCGCACCUGCACAAGUUAAAGAGGGCCCUUCAGGAAUCGGCAACCGGCCAGCCGGAGCCCACCAGCAGCCCGGACAAUAAGCCGUUUAAGUGUAACACUUGCAACGUGGCGUACAGCCAGAGUUCCACGCUGGAGAUCCACAUGCGGUCUGUGCUGCACCAGACCAAGGCACGGGCAGCCAAGCUGGAGGCUGCAAGUGGGAACAGCAACGGGACUGGCAACAGCGGCGGGGUGUCCCUCAGCUCCUCUACCCCCAGUCCCGUGGGCAGCAGCGGCGCCAACAACACCUUUACCGCCACCAAUCCAAGCAGUGCCGCCAUGGCUCCAAGCGUCAAUGCGCUGAGCCAGGUGCCACCCGAGAGCGUGGUGAUGCCGCCUCUGGGGAACCCCAUCAGUGCCAACAUCGCUUCCCCUUCAGAGCCCAAAGAGGCCAACCGGAAGAAGUUAGCGGAUAUGAUUGCGUCCAGGCAACAGCAGCAGCAGCAGCAGCAGCAGCAGCAGCAGCAAGCCCAGACACUCGCCCAGGCCCAGGCGCAAGUCCAGGCACACCUGCAGCAGGAGCUGCAGCAACAGGCCGCCCUGAUCCAGUCUCAGCUGUUCAACCCCACGCUCCUCCCACACUUCCCCAUGACCACAGAGACCUUGCUCCAGCUGCAGCAGCAGCAGCACCUCCUCUUCCCCUUUUACAUCCCCAGCGCUGAGUUCCAGCUCAACCCUGAGGUGAGCCUGCCUGUGACCAGCGGGGCACUGACACUCACGGGGUCAGGCCCAGGCCUGCUGGAAGAUCUGAAGGCUCAGGUCCAGAUCCCACAGCAGAGCCACCAGCAGAUCCUGCAGCAGCAGCAGCAGCAGAGUCAGCUCUCUCUUUCCCAGAGUCAUUCAGCCCUCCUGCAGCCAAGCCAACACCCGGAAAAGAAAAACAAAGUGGUCAUCAAGGAAAAGGAUAAGGAAAGCCAGAGAGAGAGGGAGGGGCCGGAGGGGGCAGAGGGUAACACGGGACCAAAGGAAUCACUGCCAGAUGCCUCGAAGGCCAAAGAGAAGAAAGACUUGGCACCAGGGGGCGGCUCUGAGGGCACUAUGCUUCCUCCACGCAUUGCUUCAGAUGCCAGGGGGAAUGCUACCAAGGCCUUGCUGGAGAACUUUGGCUUUGAGCUCGUCAUUCAGUAUAAUGAGAACAAGCAGAAGGCACAGAAGAAGAACGGGAAGGCGGAGCAAGGCGGUGAAAGCCUGGAGAAGCUGGAGUGUGACUCCUGCGGCAAGCUCUUCUCCAACAUCUUGAUUCUGAAGAGCCACCAGGAGCACGUGCAUCAGAACUACUUCCCCUUCAAACAGCUGGAGAGGUUUGCCAAGCAAUACAGAGAGCACUAUGAUAAACUGUACCCCCUGAGGCCCCAGACCCCGGAGCCACCCCCACCCCCUCCUCCGCCUCCCCCGCCUCCGCUUCCUACCGCACCUCCCCAGCCAGCUUCCGCGCCAGCCAUCCCCGCGUCGGCUCCACCCAUCACUUCGCCCACCAUCGCCCCCGCCCAACCCUCCGUGCCUCUCACCCAGCUCUCCAUGCCAAUGGAGCUGCCCAUCUUCUCGCCACUGAUGAUGCAGACAAUGCCACUGCAGACUCUGCCAGCUCAGCUGCCCCCUCAGCUCGGCCCCGUGGAGCCGCUGCCUGCCGAUCUGGCCCAGCUCUACCAACACCAGCUCAACCCCACCUUGCUCCAGCAACAGAACAAGAGGCCUCGCACCAGGAUCACGGAUGACCAGCUCCGAGUGCUCAGGCAGUACUUCGACAUUAACAACUCCCCCAGUGAGGAGCAGAUCAAAGAGAUGGCGGACAAGUCGGGCCUGCCCCAGAAAGUGAUCAAGCACUGGUUCAGAAACACUCUAUUCAAGGAGCGGCAACGGAACAAGGACUCCCCGUACAACUUCAGCAACCCUCCCAUCACCAGUCUGGAGGAACUCAAGAUCGACUCCCGGCCCCCUUCCCCCGAACCCCAGAAGCAGGAGUACUGGGGGAGCAAGCGGUCCUCGAGAACAAGGUUUACCGACUACCAGCUCCGAGUCCUGCAAGACUUCUUUGAUGCCAAUGCUUACCCAAAGGAUGAUGAAUUUGAGCAGCUUUCUAACUUACUGAACCUUCCAACCCGUGUCAUAGUGGUGUGGUUUCAGAACGCCCGACAGAAAGCCAGGAAGAAUUACGAGAAUCAGGGGGAGGGCAAAGACGGAGAGCGGCGCGAGCUUACCAACGAUCGCUACAUUCGGACGAGCAACUUGAAUUACCAGUGCAAAAAGUGCAGCCUCGUGUUUCAGCGCAUCUUUGACCUCAUCAAACACCAGAAGAAGCUGUGCUACAAGGAUGAGGAUGAGGAGGGGCAGGAUGACAGCCAAAACGAGGACUCCAUGGAUGCCAUGGAGAUCCUCACCCCUACCAGCUCCUCCUGCAGCACCCCUAUGCCCUCGCAGGCUUACAGCACCCCGGCACCGUCGGCGGCAGCGGCCAAUACCGCGCCCUCCGCGUUCUUGCAGCUCACAGCGGAGACUGAUGAACUGGCCACCUUCAACUCGAAAGCAGAGGCAAGCGAUGAGAAGCCAAAGCAGGCCGACCCUCCCAGUGCACAGCCAAACCAAACCCAAGAGAAGCAAGGACAGCCAAAGCCAGAGAUGCAGCAGCAGCUGGAGCAGCUGGAGCAGAAGACAAACGCACCCCAGCCCAAGCUCCCGCAGCCGGCUGCCCCUUCCUUACCGCAGCCUCCUCCGCAGGCACCCCCUCCGCAGUGCCCCCUCCCCCAGUCAAGCCCCAGUCCCUCGCAGCUCUCCCAUCUGCCCCUCAAGCCCCUCCACACGUCGACCCCUCAACAGCUGGCAAACCUACCUCCUCAGCUAAUCCCCUACCAGUGUGACCAGUGCAAGCUGGCGUUCCCAUCCUUCGAGCACUGGCAGGAGCACCAGCAGCUUCACUUCCUGAGUGCCCAGAACCAGUUCAUUCACCCCCAGUUUUUGGACAGGUCGUUGGACAUGCCUUUCAUGCUGUUUGAUCCCAGUAACCCACUCCUGGCCAGCCAGCUGCUCUCGGGUGCCAUCCCUCAGAUCCCAGCGAGCUCAGCCACUUCCCCUUCGACGCCCACCUCCACGAUGAACACGCUCAAGAGGAAGCUGGAGGAAAAGGCCAGUGCGAGCCCCGGUGAGAACGACAGCGGCACGGGAGGAGAAGAGCCUCAGAGAGACAAGCGUUUGAGGACGACCAUAACCCCGGAGCAGCUGGAAAUUCUCUACCAGAAGUAUCUGCUGGACUCCAACCCGACCCGAAAGAUGCUGGAUCACAUCGCGCAUGAGGUGGGCUUGAAGAAGCGCGUGGUACAGGUCUGGUUUCAGAACACCCGCGCCCGGGAAAGGAAAGGUCAGUUCCGGGCUGUGGGCCCGGCGCAGGCCCACAGGAGGUGCCCCUUUUGCCGAGCUCUCUUCAAGGCCAAGACAGCCCUGGAGGCUCAUAUCCGGUCUCGACACUGGCACGAAGCCAAGAGAGCCGGCUACAACCUGACUCUGUCUGCCAUGCUCUUAGACUGUGAUGGGGGACUCCAAAUGAAGGGAGACAUUUUUGAUGGAACUAGCUUUUCCCACCUACCCCCGAGCAGUAGUGACGGUCAGGGUGUGCCCCUCUCGCCCGUGAGCAAAACCAUGGAGCUGUCCCCCAGAACUCUUCUCAGCCCUUCCUCCAUCAAGGUGGAAGGGAUCGAAGACUUUGAAAGCCCCUCCAUGUCCUCCGUUAACCUGAACUUUGACCAAACUAAGCUGGACAAUGAUGACUGUUCCUCGGUCAACACCGCAAUCACAGACACCACGACAGGGGACGAGGGCAACGCCGACAACGACAGCGCAACAGGAAUAGCGACUGAAACCAAAUCUUCGGCACCGAACGAGGGGUUGACCAAAGCAGCCAUGAUGGCAAUGUCCGAGUAUGAAGACCGGUUGUCAUCUGGUCUGGUCAGCCCAGCCCCGAGCUUUUAUAGCAAGGAAUAUGACAACGAAGGUACAGUGGACUACAGUGAAACCUCAAGCCUCGCGGACCCCUGCUCCCCAAGCCCCGGGGCAAGCGGGUCCGCUGGCAAAUCUGGUGACGGCGGGGAUCGACCUGGGCAGAAACGUUUUCGCACUCAAAUGACCAAUCUGCAGCUGAAGGUCCUCAAGUCAUGCUUUAAUGACUACAGGACACCCACCAUGCUGGAGUGUGAGGUUCUAGGCAAUGACAUUGGAUUGCCAAAGAGAGUUGUUCAGGUCUGGUUCCAGAAUGCCCGGGCGAAAGAGAAGAAGUCCAAGUUAAGCAUGGCCAAGCAUUUUGGGAUAAACCAAACGAGUUAUGAGGGACCCAAGACCGAGUGCACUUUGUGUGGCAUCAAGUACAGCGCGAGGCUGUCUGUACGUGACCAUAUCUUUUCUCAACAGCAUAUCUCCAAAGUUAAGGACACCAUUGGAAGCCAGCUGGACAAGGAGAAAGAAUAUUUUGACCCAGCCACUGUACGCCAGUUGAUGGCUCAGCAAGAGCUGGACCGGAUCAAGAAGGCUAACGAGGUCCUCGGACUGGCAGCUCAACAACAAGGGAUGUUCGACAACGCCCCUCUUCAGGCUCUUAACCUUCCUACCACGUAUCCAGCGCUCCAGGGCAUCCCUCCUGUGUUGCUCCCCGGCCUCAACAGCCCCUCUCUGCCAGGCUUUACCCCAGCCAACACAGCUUUAACGUCUCCUAAACCGAACCUGAUGGGUCUGCCCAGCACAACGGUACCUUCCCCCGGCCUCCCCACAUCUGGAUUACCAAAUAAACCGUCCUCAGCCUCGCUGAGUUCCCCGACCCCAGCACAAGCCACCAUGGCAAUGGCCCCUCAGCCACCCCCACAACCCCAGCAGCCGCAGCCACCGGUGCAGCAGCCUCCGCCGCCGCCAGCAGCCCAACAGAUCCCUGCACCACAGCUGACCCCGCAGCAGCAACGUAAGGACAAAGAUGGUGAGAAAGGAAAGGAGAAGGAAAAGGCACACAAAGGGAAGGGGGAGCCCCUCCCCGUCCCCAAGAAGGAGAAAGGAGAGGCCCCUCCAGCGGCUACAGCAACCAUCUCAGCCCCACUGCCCGCCAUGGAGUACGCAGUGGACCCUGCUCAGCUUCAGGCCCUACAGGCGGCCUUGACUUCAGACCCCACAGCUUUGCUCACGAGCCAGUUCCUUCCUUACUUUGUACCGGGCUUUUCUCCUUAUUAUGCCCCCCAGAUCCCUGGCGCCCUGCAGAGUGGGUACCUGCAGCCCAUGUAUGGCAUGGAAGGCCUGUUUCCCUACAGCCCUGCCCUAUCGCAGGCCCUGAUGGGCUUGUCUCCAGGCUCCCUACUGCAGCAGUACCAGCAAUACCAGCAGAGUCUGCAGGAGGCGAUUCAGCAGCAGCAGCAGCAGCAGCAACAGCAACAGCAGCAGCAACAGCGGCAACUACAGCAACAGCAGCAGCAACAGCAACAAAAAGUACAGCAGCAGCAGCAGCAGCAGCAGCAGCCCAAAGCAAGCCAAACCCCAGUCCCCCAGGGGCCUGCUUCCCCAGACAAAGACCCUGCCAAAGAAUCCCCCAAACCAGAAGAGCAGAAAAACGUCCCCCGUGAGGUGUCCCCCCUCCUGCCGAAACCCCCCGAAGAGCCAGAAGCAGAAAGCAAAAGUGCAAGUGCGGACUCCCUCUGUGACCCCUUCAUUGUUCCAAAGGUGCAGUACAAGUUGGUCUGCCGCAAGUGCCAGGCGGGCUUCGGCGACGAGGAGGCGGCGAGGAGCCACCUGAAGUCCCUCUGCUGCUUCGGCCAGUCUGUGGUGAACCUGCAAGAGAUGGUGCUUCAUGUCCCCACCGGCAGCGGUGGCAGCGGCGGUGGCGGUGGUGGCAGCGGUGGCGGAGGCGGCUCGUACCACUGCCUGGCGUGCGAGAGCGCGCUCUGCGGGGAGGAAGCGCUGAGUCAGCAUCUCGAGUCGGCCUUGCACAAACACAGAACAAUCACGAGAGCAGCAAGAAACGCCAAAGAGCACCCUAGUUUAUUACCUCACUCUGCCUGCUUCCCCGAUCCUAGCACCGCAUCUACCUCGCAGUCUGCCGCUCACUCAAACGACAGCCCCCCUCCCCCGUCGGCCGCCCCGUCCUCGUCCGCUUCCCCCCACGCCUCCAGGAAGUCUUGGCCGCCAGUGGGCUCCCGGGCUUCGGCCGCGAAGCCCCCUUCUUUUCCUCCUCUCUCCUCAUCUUCAACGGUUACCUCAAGUUCAUGCAGCACCUCAGGGGUUCAGCCCUCGAUGCCAACAGACGACUAUUCGGAGGAGUCUGACACGGAUCUCAGCCAAAAGUCCGACGGACCGGCGAGCCCGGUGGAGGGUCCCAAAGACCCCAGCUGCCCCAAGGACAGUGGUCUGACCAGUGUAGGAACGGACACCUUCAGAUUGUAAGCUUUGAAGAUGAACAAUUACAAAUGAAUUUAAAUAAAAAAAGAUUAAUAACAAACCAAUUUCAAAACUAGACUAACUGCAAUUCCAAAGCUUCUAACCAAAAAAACUAAAACAAAAACACAAAAAAAACAAAAAGAAAAAAAAGGAAAAAAAGAAAAAAAAAGAAAAAGCGUGGGUUGUUUUCCCAUAUACCUAUCUAUGCCGGUGAUUUUACAUUCUUGUCUCUCUUUUUUUUCUUCUUCUUCUUCUUUUAAUAUUAAAAAAAAAGAAAACACGAACCCUAACCCUGUUAAAUUGUGUCCUUUUAAAGGUACUAUUGGUCUGGGAAGUUGAAGUCCGCAGGGCCUGCCUAUUGUUGUUGGAGCUUAAACCCCUUGUAUAUUUGCCCCUUUUGAGAACUGCCCCACGUUGAUAGCACAGAGGAGCCCGGCAUGCACUGUAUGGGAAAGCACUCCACCUUGUUACAGUUUUAAAUUUCUUGCUAUCUUAGCACUCAGAUACCAAUGGCUUGCUAAAAAGAAAAAGAAGAAAUGUAAUGUCUUUUUAUUCUCAGGUCAAUCGGUCACCCUUCGUUCUGUUUUCAGAAUCAUUGUUUUAUGUUUCUUCUUUUCUUUUGUUCCAGAAAAAAAGAUUUUGUUUUGUUUUAUUUGUUAAUUUAAAAAAAAAAAAUGGGCAGAAAGUAUUCAAGAGAAACAAUGUGAAGUGCUUUAGCUUUCUGGGGAUUUUUAAGAAUAGCUUUUCUGCUGAAGCCAAUUUCCAGGGGAGAAGUUACGCGCUCCCACUUUCAGAAGAAAAAAAAAAAAUCCACACGCAAAGAGUGUUGAGGACUUGUAGCUUAAAAAAAAAAAAAAAAGAAAAAAGAAAAAAAAAGACAAGUUUUAAAAACUGACUGUCUGUAUUUAUGGUAGGUAUGACCAUUUUUGGUGUUGAGUAGAUUGCUUCAUUGGAAAUGACCUGAAGCAGUAUGGUAGACUUAAAAGCUUUGUACAUUUAGCUUUUGUGUGGUCCAGCGACAUCUCCUCAUUUGAUGUUGUCUUGUUCAUCCCUAGUGGAUAGAUUGCAAUCUGUUGCUCCGCCCCAGCUUCUCCCACUUUGUCCCUCAAUUCAACUUCGUCUCUCUCCCCCCCCCCACCCCCAACUCCAACUCCCAUCCUCUAAUUUCCCACUUAAAGUGGCCGCCUCCACCUUUAUUUCUUGGAGGGUGGCUAUAGAAUUAUUUUGUAAACCUAAAGAAAGGAUUUCAGAGGAUUCUAGCGAUCAUCAGGAUUCUCACAGAGUAUUUCUGUUGGGGAGUUGAGACUUUCGAAAGACAUUUAAUUCUAGUUACCUGUGUCUGGUAGCCCUGAACAUUUAUUUUUUUAAUUUAUCCUUCCUUUUCUUUUUCUUUCUGCCUCUUUCUCGCUCACUCUUGUUCUGUGGAAACUUCAAAUGCUCUUUUCUUGAGCAUUUGUUUCAGUUUGUGUAAUUGGGGCUGUGUGCUUUUUUUUUUCUAAGAUUUUUUUUGGGUUAUUAAUUUGGUGUGUGUGUGUGUGUGUGUGUGUGUGUGUUUGUGUCUUUACUUUCCUCUCUCAGAAAAAAAAAAAAGAAAUUUCAUGCUUUAAAAAAAAAAUCCAAAGACACACCCUUUCACUGCUGAUGCAGAAAAAAAAGGGAAAGGGUUCUAGUUACUUGACAAUUUGUUUCUGAUUUAAACAAACAAGACUUAGUUUAAUAAAAGAAAGAGUAACACAAAACGGUUCCCAGGUUGUUACGGCUUCUUCUGCAAGCAGAGAGGCAGUUGUUAAUGACAAUUCCAGAUACCAAAAGACACAUUUUUUUUAUUUUUAUUUUUUUUUAUUUUAUUUUUUUUUACUUCAAAGUUUUGUCCUCUUAGGCAGUCUGAGCAGCGAGUGAUCCCGAGUGCAGCCAACAAAACAGAUAGCAAUGUACAGAGAGCAAAGAAGCAAGCCCGUGCGCGAGGCACGCGUGUUUACGUUAAUGUGCGUAGUCCUGUGACAACAUGAUUCAACACACACCCCUUGGCAUCUUUAAAAAAAAACGGUCUGAACUUCGAAAGGAAAACUUCGUGCUGCUAAAACAUAGGUUUUGAAGACAAAUAGAUGCUUUGCUGCCUCACUUUCAUAGCCAAACACCAACAGACACAAUCUUCCUUGCCCCCAAAGAGUGAAGUCCCCCCUCUCUUCCUUAUGUUUCAAAGGGAACUUUGAAGACUGUGAAUCCAGGUUCCGUUGGCCACCUUCUGGGCUUCUUCCCCAGUGCGGAAGCCAUUCAUCGACUUUGCAAAAGACUGGAGCAUUCCAAGAUCUGAAACUUUUCAUUUUUCUUUUUCUUUUUUUUUUUUCUUUUUUCUUUUUUCUUUUCUUUCUUUUUUUUUUAAGCCGGGACUAUUUUAAUGAAUUUUAUUUUAAUGAAUUUGUUUUUAGUUAAAGAGUAGAUCCUGAACUGUUGUACAUAUUUCUAACUAGGCUGAUGCACAGUGCAAAUUCCUUUUUAAUUUUUUAAAAGUAGAAAUACUAAAAGAAUACCAUCUUAACUAUUCAUAUCAGUAUCCAGUUGUAGCAUAAGGUGUCAAAAACAAGUACACAAAACACUUACUGUUUUAAAUACCUAUUUCCUUUUAACAAGAAUUCUUGUAUCCUCCCUGUGUUUUGAGAUGAACACUUUUAAAUUUUAAAGUUGUACAGUUUUUUUUUGUUUUCCAUUAUUUUAUCUUGUUUGUAACUCUAUGAAAUAUAUAUAUAUAUAUUUUUUGCCAUUUAACUGUUGUAUGUUACUGUGUCUGUAUCUAUAGAAGAAAAAAAUGUUUGUUUUUGGUUCUCUGUGUGAUACCAAUUAACAAUUUAACACUAGCUUUACCUGUCAAAUUCUGCUAGGUCUUCUCUGAAAACUGUUGUUUAAAAAUGAUAUUGCUUGGUAAUAGUGCAAUUUCUACCCUCCCCACCCCCAACCUCGUUUCUUUGUAACUCUGCCAGCCCUUCCCCAAUGGUUUUGUUUGUUCUGUUUUGAGCUACAAUCAUCCUCCCUCUGUGGGGCAGUGACUGUCAGUGUUUCACUGUGCCAUGCCUUGACCCACGAGUGUAUUUUGGCAACAAUAAGGUAAGGUUGGGUAGAAUAGCUUCUGCCCAUCAGUAUUCCUCAGAGGCGGCUUGGGAUGGGCCCAACCCGGAAGUGCGUUAAUGAACGAGUUCCUCUCCAGCCGCACCACCCACCCACACACACACAUAUGUGUGUGUGUGUGUGUGUGUAUAUAUAUAUAUUCAUCAAAGAAAAAAUUCUCAGCACUAACCCAGAAAUAGUGAAGCAGUCAGUGGUGGUGAAAACCAGAAGGCAGACAAGUGGCCGUGGUCUGUAGCCAUUUCCAAGGCAUAUGUUUACUACCGUGCUCAAUUGCUUAGACUGAUCUCAUUCGGGGAGUUCACUCCCGUCUGCUGUUGGAGUGAGUCGUUGAGUUGUAGACCAUCUCAACUCAACUUUGAAAGUUAGUUCUUCUAUUGGCACUUCUUUUUUUUUUAAUUUUUUUAAGUUAUUGGAUGAAUUUCUCCCCCUUAGUUCCUUCAUGAUGUGGCUUGGUGCUAGAUACUAUUUGGCACAACGGCACCAAGAUACCUGUCAGAAUUGGAGUUAUUUCAUACAUCCUUUCUUUAUCCCUCCCUAAAGAAACUUAAGGAACACACACACACACAAACACACACACACUCUUAAUGCAUCUAGGAAGUUUUGUUUUUUGUUUUUGUUUUCUUUUUUUAAUUAAGAGCUAUUUAAAAAGAUGAAUGUGGCCAAAGUUUUACACAAUUGAAAGAGAGCAAAGUAAAACAGACGGCACGCGUUGAAACCUGAGUUUAUCAGGCGUGGCAGGAAGUUGCAGGAAAGGAGCAGUGACCCAAGCCAGUGCACUUGAUGUUCAUGGACAUAUAUUUUUUUUUAAAUAAUAAAUUAAAACAUUUUAAAUAGAAGCAUAAAACUGAGUUGGUUGUUUGUUGGCGCUGAGAUACUGCCCACUGUGAAACAAAGCUUUGACUAGGUUGUUUUGUUUUGUUUGUUUACUUUCUUCAGGGGGGAGGGGGGCAAGUUUGAGUAGGAAAGAAAGCAUAAAUGAACGUGACCCUGAGGUAAAGAGGUAUAUGAACAGCCUUUGCAAUGUACAAAAAAAACAAAAACAAAAAAACAAAAAAAAAAACCCCAACAACAUUAAAAAAACAAAAAAAAAAACAAAUAAAAACAAAAAACAAAAACAAAAAAAAAUAGAGCAAGUGAAACCAAAAAUGAUGUUCUUGGUGUUUUUCUAUAAUGUAGUCUUGUUAGCUUUUUUUUUGUUACUGUAACGAUGCUGAUCUCGAACUGUACCAAAAUACAUGGAGACUAACAGAACCGCAAGGGACUUUCAAACUGAAAAAGAAAUUUGUCACAAAAAAAAAAAAAAAACCUUUGUUGUCAUAGUUGAGUUGAUUGUAGAUGGUAAUUGAAUAUACUCCUUUGAAAAUA